AUGCGGGAGCAGCGACGGGCAGGAGAGCCCCCGGCUCCGGGGAAGCCGCCGUGCCGGUACUCACCCAGGGCCUACGUGCGCAUGUGGCCAGGGGACCCUAUGGGUUUUUGUGUGGCCUCCCAGGGCUUCCAUGCGAACCAGGCCUGCAGGCCCUACGGCCUUCUGUGCGGGCUGGGCCGGGUGCAGCGUAUGGGCUUUUGUGUGGCCUGCCGGGGCCUGAGUGUGCGCUGGGCCUGGGAGGGCCCUAUGGGCUUUUGUGAGGCCUCCUGGGGCCUGCGUGCGCACAGGGAUGUCGGGGACCUUCGGGCGUUGGCCAGUAACAGAGUGUGGUAUGAGAUGAAUGAUGUCUCGGAGAAGCUGAGGAACAUGAAAACCGUUCCCAGACAGCAGGCGGAUUUACUUUUUUAUGUCAGGUGGAUGAUGAGACACUUGGAGAACGCGCUUCUUCGGCACCCGGGCCCUUCGUUCCUUGAUCAGCAGGGGGCUAACAAGAAGCAAGAUGGGUUUGUGGAACCGCAGGAUCUUCCUCAUUUGAUGAGGAGGCCCGCCCUAUUGGCAGGGAAGAGAGGGGAGGAUAAAAGCUCCAAAUGGACACUGCUUGGCUUAUUGGUGUGGGCUCUUAUUGCUGACACGACGUACUACCUCCACGCAGCCUAUGGCUGGGUCAUGUUCGUGGCCAUCUUCUUCUGGAUAACGACGGUCAUUUUCUUGGUGAUCUACCUGCUGCAGCUUCACUUGAAAUUCCACAUCAUCCCCUGGUCCCUCGUGCUAGUGAUCUUCAACGCGACGGCCACCGUUCUGUACAUCACCGCUUUCGUGACGUGCUCCGCGGCCGUCAAGCCGACGUCGUCGCGCCAGUGGGAUUACAACAGAAGAGCUGCGGCAUCCUGGAGGGGCCUCGGCGGCAGCAUGGCGGCCACCAGCCAAGUGACUAACCAUGCCUAA